CGUGUUUCUGCAUUGUCAACAACACUGUGACUAGCCAUCCUCAUUAAAGACGGACUGUAACAGCAUUCGUCGGAUUUGCUUUAUUUAUAAUUUAAUACUCAACCUCAAGAAGCAGUUGUAAUUGUAGAGCAUUAAAAAACGGGUUUCAUAACGACAAUGAGCUUUGAAAGUUUACCGUCCAGGUCAGAGGUGAUGGGCUGGAACUUUGCAAUCCUGGCUGACUAUCUCAAAAAAAUGAGACUGUCGGGGUGCGACAGAGUAGUAAUGAAAAAUAACAUGAGCGGUGCAAAAUUCUUGAACAUGUCUGAUAAAGACCUCAAAUGGUUUCCCACAGCACAUAUUCCAUUUAUCACAAAGAUCUGCAAAGAUAUUAAUCAGAAUAACAAACAAAAAAAAAAUCUGUUUAAUCGAUCAGAAGCGCCAAUGCCUCCACAUCAAGAGUCUAAUCCUGGCGGUUGGGAUUCUGAUGAAUUUGAGCCAGAGCAAAGCGAUAGUGACUAUGAAGAACCAGAUACCAAUAACUUUAAAGACAACAACUACAUUUGUGCAGACGCCUGUAAAUUAGAUGAAGACAGUGACGAUGAUUAUGAACCACCCCCAACUAUACAAUCUUCAGAUAUACCAAGUCACUUACGUGUUGCCCAGCCUCUGGGUGAUGGUGAUUAUUUGGAUAGCGGCCCUCGUGGUUCAGCUGAUCGGACUGCAAAGCUCACCAACAAAUCUGCAUCCUUUCCCAGGGGGCAUAUGAAUGCUAUAUCACGACCAGAUCCAUCUCCCCACAAGCCUCUCCCUCCCUCUAAAUCGAAACCUGGCCCGGCUGUGCCAAUGGUAGAUCGCAGUAAGAAACCUGGUCCAUCUUUUCCGUCAAAAAAAGAUUCUGGUGUUGCCGGCAAACCAGCAAGAAUUAAUGCUGUAAACAUUACUAACAACUUACCAACGGCUUCCACAGCGAUGGCGGUGUUACCCUCACCAAAAUUUAACUCACUACAGAGGACAGACCUUCCUCCACCACCUGCAAAUGUGAUGAUGGGGCAGGACAUGGAUCCUCAAUGGUAUGUGGGUCAGCUGACACGAGGAGAAGCAGAAGUUGCCCUUAGACAAGCAAAAAAAGAUGGCUCUUUCCUGAUAAGAGACAGCUCAAAGGGAUGCCACGAGCAGCCGUACACACUCAUGGUGCUGCACCAGCACAAAGUGUACAACAUCCAGAUCCGUUUCCUUGGAAACAAGGAUGGCUAUUCCCUAGGCACAGGCCUUAAAGGCAUCGAGAAUUUCCCCAGUGUUAUGGACAUGGUUUACCAUCACAUGAAGACCCCACUGUUUCUAAUAGAUGGAAUGGAGCGUGGAGCUGGACCUCAGCGACAGUGCUGUCUCAUGCACCCAGCAGGUUUCUAAGAUGGACAGUGGAACGAAAUGACACAAAAUCUUGAUCGGAUUUCCAAAUCAAAGAGAAUUUUAUGGAAUUCAAACGCUUUGUUUAGACAAUGGAUCCAUUUUAAAUGUAUCAACAGACUAUUUAUACACUUGACAAUGUACAGAAGCACUUAUCCCUUCUAAAAAUAAUACAAUACUAGAAAGCUGAAUUAGUAAAUUAUAUAGUCUGAUCAUAUUCAAUCAGUGGUUUCAAUCAGACAAAAGUGUGUAGUUUAUAAAAGGAAGAUACCUUUUUAAAACAGUUUAAAUGUUAAAAUCAAGAAGCAGGCUAACAUUAAACCAUGUCCAUUUGUCUAUCCCAAAAUAAAAUCCUUUAUGCAAAAUGAGAAAAAAAUAGGUAUGAAUCCCACUCAAUGUUUACUCCUAUUGUUCUCUAUGAAUUUGUCUACUAAAGUACACAUUGUAGUUAAAUGCGGCCUAUACAAUUUACUUUGAGUUACAUCUUAAGUCUUGCAUUUCCUGAGCUCUGCCUAUAGACAGCCAUGCUUCAGUUUCCACAUCAGUCUGGAGACAUACCAUUUUAUCAGGGUGUGUGAAGCACACGGUCAGGUUACACUGCAGCAACUGGGUCUUCACUGAAAACAAAGCGUGUAGUGGUUGUACAUACCGCACAGAGAACACAAGUACAUUAAAGCCCAAUAUCCAUUGUGACUAAUAAUUCAAGGUUGAGGUUAAGUUUACUGUAAUCAAAGUACAAAAAUAGAAGCUCUCUGUUAUGUACUAGACAAAGUUUUCUGGCACAUUCAGAAAAUACCAGGAAAAUCUUUUAGUAAUCUUAAAUAUGGCUAUAGCAGGUCAUAAUCUGAAAUUUACCAAGAAAAAGAGACAAACACAAUUGUUGUGGACAUGUCUCCCUUCUUUUUUGCAAGUAACUGUCAAACCAUAUAAUGACACUUAUUCAUGCUUAAGUAGGAUUACAACGCUUACAGCGAUAGAUGCCAACGUGUGUUCUGCCAAGCCUAAUGGCUCUAUGAUACAAUAAAACACAAUAAUAACAGCCCCGGAGGAUUCAGUGAGGUUCUGGGCGCUGAUAUGUUUGUGUUAGAUUACUGUCAUAGCUGUGACUUUUGACUAACUGCCGUCCUUGGCAGGGAUGGCACGUUUUCCCCUAAAAUGUGUUCAUGCAAUAACCUUUUGAAUGCUAGAACAAUUUCUGCCAACACUGUAAAUAAGGGAACUAUUAAACUGCCAGCACAUUUCAGAAUUGUUAAGACAUUAUUCUGCAGACUUUCCAAACCGUGCACUGUUAUUACACACAUUAUUUUAAAGUUUUUUUUACAAUACUGUUGUAAAUCUGUGAGCAUAGAACGAUUAGUUCCAACUGUCAACAAGAUCAGUGAAAAUAUUAGUUGUAUUACCUUCCAAUUGCUCCAUAGAUUCUGACAUUAAAUCCAGCUCUUUCAAAAUAUAAUCCAGUCCAGCUGUAGAUCUCUGUUCGCUGC